UGAAACAUGCCACUGUGCUCUUUGAAGUAAUAAAUGUUUGGUGAUUCUAAUUUACCAUCUAACUAUGAACAUUAGAACUGGUAGGUCCAUAUCAUCAAUUGAUUUUUAACAAAUGACAUUUCUAGAAGAUAAUUCAACCUUGGAAGAGAUAGGGUUAUGUUUGCUUAAGUCCAAGUAGAACUCAAUGUGUAUCCUCUAGCUGAACUUAUCCCAUGGUCACGAGGCCAAUUAGCAGAAUAUCAUAGGACCCCUCGAGGCUAAAGAAGAGAUUUCCCUUUUGGAAGCAAAAGCUGAAUGUCCUGAUUAAUUUGCCUAUUGAAGGUGAAAUGUAUGUGGACACUUAACAUGGUUUGCAAGAUUAGGGCUUUAGUGUAGCCUUUGCUGUUUAGGUUUAUUCUUUUCCCAAACUAUUCUUUUUACAGCAGUUUGCUCUCUAAAUGAUAGAGGUGAUUCUGUCCUAUUCCCUUCCAUUUGCUUCCUCCCCAUCCCUCCAGAUCACUGUCUUGCAGCCAAAAUUGUGAGGCACUAUGUGCGAUGACGAUGAAACCACUGCCCUUGUAUGUGACAAUGGUUCUGGGCUUUGCAAAGCUGGGUUUGCAGGUGAUGAUGCCCCCAGAGCUGUAUUUCCAUCCAUCGUUGGACGACCUCGGCAUCAGGGUGUUAUGGUUGGAAUGGGUCAAAAAGACAGCUAUGUAGGGGACGAAGCACAAAGUAAGAGAGGGAUCCUGACACUGAAAUAUCCCAUCGAGCAUGGAAUCAUCACUAACUGGGAUGACAUGGAAAAGAUUUGGCAUCAUUCUUUCUACAACGAACUCCGGGUUGCGCCGGAGGAACACCCCGUCCUGCUGACCGAGGCGCCCUUGAAUCCAAAGGCCAACCGUGAAAAAAUGACUCAGAUCAUGUUUGAGACAUUCAAUGUGCCAGCCAUGUACGUAGCAAUUCAGGCAGUGCUGUCUCUGUAUGCAUCUGGAAGAACAACUGGAAUAGUUUUGGAUUCUGGGGAUGGUGUCACACACAACGUGCCCAUCUAUGAGGGCUAUGCCUUGCCCCAUGCCAUCAUGAGACUUGAUCUGGCAGGCAGAGACCUCACUGACUAUCUCAUGAAGAUUCUUACCGAAAGAGGCUACUCCUUUGUCACUACUGCGGAACGGGAGAUUGUGAGAGACGUCAAGGAGAAGCUUUGUUAUGUGGCACUGGAUUUUGAAAAUGAAAUGGCAACUGCUGCUUCCUCCUCCUCUCUUGAAAAGAGCUACGAGCUUCCUGAUGGCCAAGUCAUCACCAUUGGGAAUGAACGGUUCCGGUGCCCGGAAACUCUCUUCCAGCCAUCCUUCAUAGGGAUGGAAUCUGCAGGUAUCCAUGAAACCACUUACAACAGUAUUAUGAAGUGUGAUAUCGACAUCCGUAAGGAUCUCUAUGCUAAUAACGUCCUCUCUGGAGGAACCACAAUGUAUCCUGGGAUUGGUGAUCGUAUGCAGAAAGAGGUUACAGCUUUGGCUCCAAGUACUAUGAAGAUUAAGAUUAUUGCACCACCUGAACGGAAAUACUCAGUCUGGAUUGGGGGUUCAAUAUUGGCAUCCCUGUCCACUUUUCAGCAAAUGUGGAUCAGUAGAGAUGAAUAUGAGGAAGCUGGUCCCUCUAUUGUCCACCGCAAGUGCUUUUGAGCCCUUCCAUCACGUACUCAGUGAUAAGUAGCGCUGUUUCUCUACACAUCACCUCUGAGGGUGGUUUGGCUUUCUUCCACAUGGUAAAGAACCACACUGUAUGGGUGUCAUGUGAAUUAGCAAAUUAUUUCUGAUUUUUGAUGCUAAAAUGAGACUAACACUUCAGUGGUGGGUGUUUUCCAAGAUUAAUAACGGUAGUUAUCCUGUACAUUUGUAUAGACCUCCCUUUCCCCCAUGUUUGUCAGUGUUGUACUGCCAUCCAGGAGGUGACACAUGCUGCUGCUGUGUGUUAGUCUCUGCAAUCAGUGGUAAGUCUGAAGAACGUCCUUAAGUGAUUCUUCAAACUCAAACAUAAUGCAAGAUUUAGGUACUGGA